GCCUUGUCUUUUCUUGGGCAUUGGCACUGUCACCGACACUGGCAUUGUGUUUACAAACUUUAUAGUCAUCUGCUAGCGACUCACUAGUGUUGUGAUCGUGUAAUCGUGAUGGUGUACGCAAUACGUAUGUGAAAAUGGUGGCAAGUUCAAAGUAGAAAUUUUUUUUUCCGCGCGAUUCCUCAGACCUCCAGUGUAAUGUUUACUACAUUUUCGCAUGUAUACAGUAACUCUGGUCUUAAAGGACAAACUACCGCUUCCCAGCAGAGUUGUAGCAUUAGAGAACUGCUGACUGAGUGCCACUGCUGGUAAUGUUGCACUGCAUAACGUGAAAUACCAAUCACCUUUGUAUUUCCAAGCCAAUAUCGUCAUGCAGUCAUAAUGUUAGUUCGGGUAUCUACUAUCUAGUACUGCAUUGCAUCAUAUUGCAUAAUCAGUGAGAUCUCGUACGAGUAAAAUACCUGUCAAGUACUUUCAUAAGCCAAGUACUAUCAAUGGACGAGACUUUGCUUGGUAAUGGAUCCUCCGGCAUAGUUUGUCAGGCCAUAAAAGAUGAUAUAUUGAAAAUGGGAGAAAAUAUGACUAUGGUGUGUCAGAUAUGUAAAAUCACUAUGACUGGCAUCACUCCUGCCGAGGCUCAUCUCCAAGGAUCUAAGCAUAAGAAAGCAGUGCAAAAAUUCAAAUUAGAUGCAGCUAUGGAACAAAAUUGCGACAGCUUGGACUCCUCCACGAGUAUUGUACAGACUGCUAUAAAGAGUAGAGUAGUGUCAUGCGACCACACAAGUAACCAGAUGAUGCUGACGUGUGUGCUGUGCAACAAGACCUGUUCAGGGGAGGUGCCCAUGAUGCAGCACCUCAGUAGUGAAGCCCAUACCAAGAAGAUGAGACAUGGAUCCUUGAUUUCUAAUAUAACUUCAUCCCGAGAAAAAUCUCCAAUCCCCAACACCAGCGUCACUCAGUAUGACUCAGCCUCACCUACAAAUGUGCCACCCAGUAUGGAAAGUUUUGCCAUCAGUGAUAGAGAGCAUCCUAUGGAUUUUAAAUCAACAUCUGCAGAAGUGCAAGCUGCUAUGGAGAGUGGACUAAUAUCAUCCACUAAACUGGGUAACCAAGUGUUGUUGACUUGUGUGCCAUGCAACAAGCCAUGUUCAGGGGAGGUGCCUAUGAUGCAGCACCUCAACAGUGAAGCCCAUGCCAAAAAGAUGAGGCAUGGAGUUCAGUUUUCCAGUUUUUCCCCACAAAUGUAUGUGCCUACCCUUACAACUCCAAUUCCAACCAUGGCCAAGUGUAGCUUAACAUCAGCAGACGUAACGGCUGUGCAAGGUGAUGUGUUGCCUCAGGCCAUUAAAGAAGGCACUGUAAAGGCUUCUGAGCACACUGCAAACCAUCUCAAGUGUACAGUGUGUGAUGUUCCGUGCACCGGAGAAGACAGCAUGAGGGAGCACCUACAGGGCAAAAGUCAUCUUAAGAUGAUGAAGGUAUUUCAACAAACUUCAAAACAGUUACUGAGAAGCAGUUCUGUCAGCUCCACUAUGCACAUCACAGCUGUGCAGCACUCCCCUUCAACACCUGAGCAUGACAAAGCUCAUACAGACAGAGGUAUCUCUCCUGCCCAUUUCUCUCCCGUCUCUCCUGCUUCAGGUUGGGAAGAGCUUUCCCUAGAGGAUGGCAUUGUCUUGAAAAGUGAAGAUGGAUUUAAGUGUACUGUUUGUGGGGUAACAUGUAACAGUCAGAAUCAGAUGAUAAACCAUCUUCAGGGAGAUCCCCACAAGAGGCAGUAUCGAGUAAAACAGACAGCACACCUGUUAGCUGGUACACCAGAAUCACUUGGAAGGAGUCCUAUGUUUCCAGUGACUUCAACCACAAAUGAAUUUGGAUCUACCAAUGUCCUUUCACCUCCAUCAAAGUUUAGAGAUUCUCCUCACUGUAACACUCCACCCACAGAGAAGAUGAAACUUGAAGAAAGGGGAAGCAGUUUUAUAAAAGAAAGCAGCAAUUCAUCUAAAAAAAAUUUUGAAUCUUAUAAGAAAGGGCAGUCAAAAAAUAUAAUAGAUCUCCUAGAUAUCAAGAUUUAUGGCUCCAAGGACCCUCUUUCUGAUCUCUUUUCUGAAUAAUGGCUGGCAUAUUGUCCUGAUUAUUAUUUCAAGGAAUUGUAUGCAAAGUGGAACCUUCCAAUUUGAACACUGUUAUCUUCCAAAUAUGCAAAAUGUAUAUAGUGGAACCUCAGUUCACAAAUGUUGCUAUUCAUGACCAAAUUGGUUCAUGAACAGAUUUUAGGAAUAUUUUUUUUGCAUUGGUUUACAUACAGUAUUUCAGUGUAUGAACAAACAACAAACAUCCCAUAAAAAGUCAGUUGGAAGCAUACACUCACUUGCUCAGCUGUGCUUUGGCCUGUCUGCCAUGAAAAGUGUGAUUAUUACACACAGGCAAAUUUGUAGCUUGUCACAGAUUUCAAUUUAAGGUGCCUUUCCAGCUGUUUGAUGUGAAGUUAAAUCUCAGUCCUCCUAAUCCCCACCUACCUUAAAAUUUUCAAGGUUUAUGAAAAGAUGAUUCAAGAGAAACAACAUCUUGCCUUGCAUCAAACAUAUUUUUGCUGGAAGGAAAUACUGGAACAUACAUAUCUGUGUAAGGCAUUGAGUGUUGUGCUACUUAUAUGACAGUAUGUACAGUUAACUCUCAAUUAAUGCAAGUUUCAAUAUGGCAAUUUCGAUUUAACACGACUUGACAUUUAAGGAGAUACGAUUAAAUAACACAAUUUAUUAUAUUUAACGUGGGUUAACUCGGCUUGAUGAUCUCACAAGCACCCACGUUACUCCUAAUGGGAACCGCACUGGGCCAGGAUCCAAGUAACUGACAAUAAGCGGAACAACUUCCAACUACAAAAUGGUAUCCACAAACACAUAGGGAAACAUUGUUGCCAUGGUAGCAAGGUUGCCAGCAGAUUGCCAGUAAAACCACCUCAUGGGGAGGUGUUAUACUGUUGACCCUCGCUAUCUUGGAUUAAUAAGGGGAAAGGUUGGUCCAACAGAUGUGAAUGUCCGACUUAUACGAAUCCCCCAUCUCCACACUAAAAAAAAAAAAAAAAUCAGACUUGGUGCAAGAUUUAUUUAGUUAAUUUUGGGGGGAUUUAAAAUUUUGGGAUUACAUUUGUCUCUCUGAAACCUUCAGACCCUAAAUUACCAGAUGGUGUAGUUUAUUUUUUGAUAAUUAAAUACCCUUCCCACCAGGAAGCCAUUUUUAAAUGUCACGUGCAAUAACCUGACUCACGCCCUCAGUAUGUGGCCAGGCGUCAGAAAUAAUGUCCUUACAGGCAUAUAUUGACGAGGAUUAGAAUCAGAAACUUCAAGAAUAGAAGACAACAAGAAACAAACUUAUCAUUGGGAGAUAGCUGGACCUUGAAUCCUCCCCUCUCCCCUCCCCUCCAUCACACAUGUUAUCUCCCCAUCCAAGACCCUUGCCUUACCCCAUGACUCACUGCCACUUUCUCCACCAUCUCUCUGUAUCAUAAGACUGCCAUUAUCUUUUCAAACAGUUUUUUUCUGACUACCUACAUUAUGAAAAUUAUACAUCACAUAACUCUCACAAUAAUACUAUCAUAAAAGAUUAUGUUAUUAUGUUAAGACAGAGGUAUAAAGCUGGACUAGAUAGACGACUAAUAAAUACUUCACUGUAUCAUUGUCUCACUUCAACACACUAAUAAUGACUCAGAGAGUGCCCAGGUCAUUAGUAAAAAGCAGAUUGCUGAUGGCGCCUUCCCAACCCUCAAGUACGAAUGAAUAUUAUCAUCUAGAGAAGUGGGGAUCUGAUGUGUUAUCUUCUCAUAUUCCAGGAAGUCACUAUUGUAUGCACAAUCAUGUAUGAAAAUUUCAUGUCAAUUGGAUGAAUACAAAUAACAAAAGGGCAAAAUUAUGAAAAAUCUUUAGGAGCAAAUAUCUCAAAAAGGUUUUUACACAAAAAUUUUUCACUAAAUUGGUAUAAACUGUGACUUUUAUUUGGUAUCAUUUUAAACUACAACUAAAAUGUAAUUUUGAGUUUAAUCAGAUUUUUUUAUAAUGUCAAUAGAGAACAAAAUACAAGAAAGUGGGGAAAAAAAAAAAAAACUGGAUUGGCAGUUCAACUUGGACUUUAGUCCCUGGGUUGGUCAGAGUCCGACAUCACAGAAUCAGAGUUAUUGGAGUCCAAGUUAUCGAGGUUCAACAGUAUACAUUUAUGUUCACAAAACAACAUUUCUAUUAGCUUUUUACAAGCCUUAUCACUAAGAAAGGAUUGUUUUGUGAUGCACAAAGUGAAAACUUUAUGGAACAUGGAAAACAAAGCAGGUGAGGCAUUUGUCUGAUUGGUGUGCCUGCCUCAGCUUCUUGUGACCUUCUUUAGCUUUGUGUCACUUUCACCACAAUAGUUGUGUUUCCCCCCUUUAUUGCCUGCUAUAAUAGAUAUCAUACUUAUUCAUAUAUGAUCAUGCUAUAAAUAUGAUAUUCAUUAUAGCAGGGAUAUAAGGUGAAAUUAAGAAAGCAUAUACUGUCCAGACCAACACAACAAUCUCUGCUGCACAGAGAUUCAUAUGCUCCAGUGUUUUCUUUUAAUUCAAAAAUAUUCUCUGAACAUAUGAUGUGCCUUGCUUUAUUUUGCGAGAAGUUAUCACGGAAGUGGAGUGCAACAGGAACUGUUCUAUAUUACUGAGUUACCUGUACACAUUUUCUUCACUGACAAUAUAACAUUUCAUUAGUCAUUUGUUAAGUGUUUCCGGUAAUGCUUUGACUAUAUACUUUGACAUAGUACACAAAAACUAUCACUUUAUGCCAAGUGGCACCACUUGAGUACAUUGUGAGCUGGGAGGAGGGAGUGGGGAAGCAGUUCCUACUACACAACUUCUAUAUUAAUUUCUCACAAAAAAAAACUAAAACAUAGCACAUGUGUAUACACAGAAUUUUUUUUUUUUUUUUUUUUUUUUUUUUUUUUUUAGAAUUACUGGAACUAUCAAAUCCCUAAGUAUUUACCUUAACUCACAUGGCACAAAUAUCUAAGGUUUCCAAUAUUUUGGUUUUGUGUUAAAGGAUUUCAAAACUCUGAAGGAUUCUCCAUAUAUGGUACACUUUGUUCAGACAGUUGCCUCUGAAUUUUUCUUAUUAAAAAUAAAGGAAACUAAA